UCCACCACAUGUCUAAUAUUAUAUCUAUGUCGCGCGCCUGAUGUUCCUGUUUUGUGUCAGCUGUGUCGCGGAUAAAUUAAUCUUGGCUUAAUAAUUAUUACACAAUCAUUAUAUAUUUGAUUACCUUCCUGCAUAUAGCGCCAUCGAUUGCUCACACAUUGGGAACACUUCCACUUACAGAAUGUGUCAGUCACACACACUCACACAUAAACCAAGGUUUAUACGGCGUCCAAUGCCAUGCCUCCCUACCCCAAGGGGUAUCCCACACUCCACAAUAAACUACACGCACAGAAAAAGCUCGGAAAAUGUGGGACGACUAUAAAAGUUAGUUCUUGUGGAGUCUGCAUAUUGGAGGUGGCACUGAAAAUCUCCGGAGUAAAAUUUUCCGAGAUUUUGUCUCAGUGGGUGAACAUUCCGCAUUUGGGGAGAGAGAGAGGAGGAGCACAAUUAAAAAUAAUUUCUGUCCAUGCAUUGUUCAUCAGUUGAUGACCAGAACGUUAUUUU